CCAAUCCACGGGGAAACUCCGCUAUUUCGAGCUGCUGUCUAAAUUCAGGACGGGAGGAGCCCGCAUGCUCGGAGAGGAAAGGGGGAGAUUCCUUCACCUUCGACUAGGGUUUUCCACUCCAAAACCCACCGCGGUGCAAGUUUUGUUGCAAACUGAGGAUAGGUCAUCCAUAGUUCUAUGGCAACAUGGUAGAUGUUGAGAAUCUUGAAUUUAAGUGGGGUAAAAAGAGGGGAGUUGGUGGGAAAAAGAGAGAUGUCCGGUUUUAUGAGUCUUUUACAUAUGAUGGUGAGGAGUACAGACUCUAUGACUGUGUUUACUUCUUUAAAGAUGAUGAACCUCUGCCUUAUAUUGGCAAAAUUAUAAAGAUAUGGGAGAAUCCUGACAAGACAAAGAAAGUGAAGGUUGUGUGGUUUUUCCAACCUCAUGAGAUAACCUGUUAUCUUGCUGCUGAAGAGGCACUGGAGAAUGAAUUAGUUUUGGCAACUGGGGAAGGUUUAGGCCUUACCAACAUCAAUCCUCUGGAAGCAAUUGCUGGGAAAUGCAAUGUAGUUUGCAUUUCAAAGGAUAGCAGAAAUCGACAGCCCUCAAUUGAAGAGCGCCAACUGGCUGACUAUGUUUUUUAUCAAACUUUUGAUGUUGGGCAACGUACCAUCUCAGAUAAGAUUGAUGAAAAGAUUGCUGGGAUUGAAGCUAAAUAUUUUUUUAACCGAGAGGGCUUUUUGAAACCAAGUGCUGAUCAGAAAUCUGGUGGAGCUGGUAAAGAAGAUACAAUUGGAAAACAAAUUCCUGAACAGCCAGAUGGUGAUAUGAAGGUUAGCUUAUCUGUUAUACAUGACAAGGUUGCUCCUGUUGUACAAGAAGUGGGAAGUGAAAUUGCUGGAACUGAUAAGAAGGAUAGCUUAUCUGGUCUCAAAUCAAGUUCUAAAAUUGAUUCUGAUGUAAGAGAGGGUAAUAAAGCAAAGAUUGAUGAUUCUGUGAAAGUGCCUGAUGAAGCAAAGAAGAUAAAUGUGCAGAAUUUUUCAAGGCAUGAUUCUGACAGCAAUGCUGCAAAGGCCUUAGAACCAAAUGUUAAAGCUUCUGAAGACAAAUCUAAACUUGCUAAGGAUUCUCAUGGGAAGGUCAAAAGUUUUUUGAAGGAACUGAAAACUGAUGACAAGCUAACAAAGCUUGGUAAUGGAAAGCUACCUAAAGAGUCUUCUGUACAGCCUCCAAAAGAUUACAAGAAGUCCAAGAAGCAUGCUUUGCAAUCCAUGGGCAAGCUGGAUUUUGAUAGAAGCAAGUGGUUUAAGGAACUUCCUUGGGAAGAAAGAAUGAAGAAUGCUCAUGAGGAAGGGACUCUUGUUCUGCUUCAAAAUUUGGAUCCAGCUUACAACUCAGCUGAUGUACAGGAUAUAGUUAGACAGGUCUUUAAGGAAACAUGCACUGCAAAAAUGUUCCAGAGGACUGCAUUUUCUAACCCUUAUUAUGGUCAAGCUUUUGUUAUAUUCAAAACAAGGGAAGUGGCACAAAUGGUUGUCACCAGGCUGGAUAAGGGAUGCCUAUUACUACCAAAUGGAAGGCCAUUGGUUGCCAGUAUUGCAAAUCCUUCCUUUCCAAAGAAGCAGUCAACAUUUUCUGGUCAUCUUACUCUUGAUAAACUUAAACUCCAAACGCAACGGGAGAUGAAAGAAGCUGUAUCUACUUCUCAUUGCUCCCAGCCCAACACACUUGAAUUUGAUAUGGCCAUGGAAUGGUGCUUACUGCAAGAAAGAGCAGAAUGCUCAUGGAAGAAGUUAUUUGAGCUACAAGAGAAGGAAUAUAGAAAAGUCAAGGCUGAACUAAAGUCGAAAUGAGUGCAGACUUGUUUUACGAACCAACUGUUUUGGUAAGUAUUUCAAAAGCUCAAGGUAUUCACCUGUAAGAGGGCUGCCACUGUGCUGUAGAAUAUCUUCUCCCUGUUCAUUCAUCAUGAAUCAAAAGCCUUUUAAUGUUGAAGCCAAUCACACCAAAGUCAAGUUUGCCUUCAAUCAGUCAUUUUGGAGGAUACAGUGAUAGGAAACUGAUGGGAGUCAUUUGGGAAUCAGCCGAGUUUUGGGAUGAUGGAAUGCAAGUAGGUCCAUACUCCAUACUGCUGAUCAGGUGUAGGGUGUUCCUGAAUUCUACUCUUCUAUUGCUCCAUCUUGGCUGAUGUGUAAAGGUUUCAUUAAUCUCCAUGAUUGGAAAACCCGGGGUGGCCCUGUGUCUGCAAUCGAAAUUUUGUUUGUGUAUAAUUCUUAUAAUUUCAUUUGCUGCCUGCCCGUUAAGGGUCUGUUUGGUAUAUGGAGGUUUUCCCAAUCUGGAGAGUAACAAAUGAUUUUGUUUUUCUGGCAAGAAGGGUAUAUGACAAAGGAGGUGUUUUUUUUCUUCUU